AUGGCGCAAAGAAAGGGUGGAGAAGCAGACUCGUACUACAACCAAGUGCCUGGCGGCCAAAGCAACGGUGGUGACGGGCAAUAUGCAACCCCUCCUCCCAUGCAAUAUCCUCCUCAAGCAGCAAACAAUGCAUACCAAAGCAACUCCAACCCCAAAUAUCAGCAGCCUCCACCCAACUAUGGUCAGAACUUCCAAAACUCCGGUUCCCCGUCAAUGGCAGCAGGCGAUGGGAAGCAAACGUUUGAUCAGGUUUUCAAGCUGGACAAACCCAAGUACAAUGACGUUUGGGCCGGAAUACUCCUCAUUUUGACAUUCCUCGGCUUCGCUGCCGUCUCUGGCAUCUCUCUGCAGGGAUAUUCUGCAAACAAGGGCCUUAGUGGAGGUGGCAUCUACAACGCUGGCAACAACUUCUCCCUAAACACCAAUACCAUCGUCCUAUUCGUUUUUGUCCUCGCCGUCGCUUUGGUUCUGUCCUGGACAUACUUCACCCUUGCCCGUGCAUUCACAAAGCAGUUCAUCUGGAUUACUGGUAUCUUAAACAUCCUCUUCGGCAUUGGCACUGCCAUCUACUACUUUGUGCGACACUACUACUCCGCUGCAGUAGUUUUUGCUGUCUUUGGUAUCUUCAGCAUUGUAUGCUUCGUCACGUGGAUCCCGAGAAUUCCUUUUAGUGUGGUCAUGCUUCAGCAGACAAUGGAUGUCGCCAAGUCUUUCGGGCAUGUCUUCCUCGUCAGCGCUAUUGGCGGUAUAGCUUCAGUUGCUUUUGGUGCCUGGUUUUCUCUCACUUUAGUCUCUGUGUACGUGAAAUAUGAACCUUCCGGUGGAGGGUCAAACCCUGCUUGUGCCAGUGGAAGCAGUGCAGGUGGUUGCUCAUCAGCCAAAGUGAUUGGCUUGAUCGUUUUUAUAACCUUCGCCGGAUACUGGAUCACUGAGUGGCUUAAGAAUACAAUCCACUCCAUCGUCGCAGGUAUCUAUGGCAGCUGGUUCUUCUGUGCUGGGAAGCCAGGAGGGAUGCCAAGUGGUGCGACAAGGGGUGCAGCCAAGAGGGCUUUCACAUACUCUUUUGGCAGUAUCAGCUUUGGAUCACUGGUCGUGGCUCUCAUUAAUAUGGUGCGCCAGGCAGUCAGCAUAGCCCAGCAGCAGGAGGCUCAGGGAGGGAAUAUGGCCGCCUCGAUCGCGUUUUGUUGCCUCGGAUGUAUUAUUGGAUUGAUUGAUUGGGCUGUUCAAUUCAUCAAUCGCUAUGCAUUCAUACAUAUCGCCCUUUACGGCAAAGCCUACAUCCCCGCCGCUAAAGACACCUGGACCAUGAUGAAGGACCGUGGAAUCGAUGCUUUGAUCAAUGAUUGCUUAAUUGGACCGGUCCUGACAAUGGGAUCUACGUUCGUGGCUUACACUUGUGCCCUUCUCGCGUAUCUAUACCUGCAGUUCACCAAGCCGGGUUAUAACGACGGCGGAACCUUCACACCAGUGGUAAUGGCUUUCUCAUUCUUGAUAGGACUACAGGUCUGUCAGAUUUUUAUGACGCCCAUUGGAAGUGGUGUGGAUACAAUCUUCGUGGCUGCGGCAUGGGAUCCAGAUGUUUUGAUGAGGGAUCACCCGGACUUGUACCAGAGGAUGGUCAGGGUCUACCCGAAGGUGCAGCAGAUGAUCCAUGCCUGA